GCCAAUCAGAAAGCGAUCCUUGCCAACUUGGGCGGGAAGAAUUAGAGGCUCCCUGGGAAGGGGGACUGGUUCAGGCAUCCGCCUGGGAGCCAAUCAGAGACCUGAUCGCGUAGCUAGUGCAGCCACCGCAGCUAAAGCAUAGCACGCCGCUUCUUUUUCUGCCCCGCGGAGAAGAUGACCGUCGGGAGGCCUGCGGGAGCCUCCGGCGGCGCUCAGUGGAGCCGGCAGAUAUUUCCCCCCAAAUCCUCCCCAGACACAGAGACGGAAGAAGAGCUGUCUGGGGAUGGACUGGUUUUGCCCAGGGCUGGCACACUCGAUGACUUCCUCAGCCCGGAGGAGGAGACGGUUUCUAAUUCUUCGGACUCCACUGGGAGCUUUUAUGAGACCCUGCAGGUACUAAAGCCGAAAGGCAGGUGGUGCCUGUUGGAAUCCCUUUAUGAGAACCACCCAGACAGUGGCGAGGACUUCUCUGAAGACGAUGAGGACCUGGAGAGUUUCUUCCAAGACAAAUGCAGGGUGAAGCCCGAGGCCCAGUACCCGGCGUCUCCGAGGUGCAGCUCCCCACGGUGCUGCAGCUCCCUGAGCAGCCUUCCCUCCGACACUCCCAAGGUUCAGCCCCAGCCACCUUCAGGCUCCAGGCCUCCCUCCCAGCACAGAAGCAUCAGCUCCUGGGCAUCAACCAUCACCGUCCCGCGGCCGUUCCGCAUGACACUGCGUGAGGCCCGGAAGAAGGCGCAGUGGCUGGCCUCACCUGCUUCCUUUGAGCAGGAGAGGACCCAGGCCCAGAGGCAGGCCCAGGAGGAGGCCGAGUGCCAGCGGCAGUUCCGGGCACAGCCUGUGCCAGCACACGUCUACCUGCCCCUCUACCAGGAGAUCGUGGAGCGCAAUGAGGCCCGCAGGCAGGCAGGGAUCCAGAAGAGGAAGGAACGGCUCCUCUCUUCCCUGAAGCCCUUCAGCUUCCUCGUGAAGGAGGAGCAGAGAAAAGAAGCUGCUAAACAGAGGGAGUUGGCUGCCACAGCUAAGGCCAACGUCCCCAAGCAGAAUGCCACCAGAAGGAUCCCCAAGUCCAUUCUGGAGCCAGCCCUCGGGGACAAACUCCAAGAAGCGGAGCUCUUCAGGAAAAUUCGCAUCCAGAUGCGAGCCCUAGACAUGCUCCAGAUGGCCUCCUCCCCUAUCAUCUCCUCCAGCAGCAGGGCUGACCCCCAGCCUCGAACAGCUACCCGAACCCAGAAGGAAAAGCUUGGGUUUCUGCAGACUGACUUUGGAUUCCAGCCUCGUGUGAAUCCUGCCGUCCCUGACUACGAGGGCCUUUACAAGGCCUUCCAGAGAAGAGCUGCCAAGAGAAGGGACACCAGAGAGGUGACUCACAACAAGCCCUUCUUGCUGCGAACCGGCAGCCUGCGUCGCACUCAGCGGCCCUGUGACACCACCACCUCUGGAGAGAGGAGGGACUCUCCACAGUCACCAGCCACACCCCUGCCAAGGAGUCGUUCUCUGAGUGGCCUUGCUUCUCUCUCUGCCAACACCCUCCCUGUGCACAUCACAGAUGCCACCAGGAGGAGGGAGUCUGCAGUCAGAAGUUCACUUGAAAAAAAGGACAAAACAGAUGAGAGUACUCAGUGGUUGGAGAUGCACAAAAAGAAGUGUCAAGCGAUGUCUAGAUCUGUGACCUUGCGUGCAAAAGCCAUGGAUCCUCAUAAAAGCCUGGAGGAAGUGUUCAAAGCAAAGCUGAAAGAGAAUCGGAACAAUGACCGUAAAAGAGCAAAAGAGUAUAAGAAAGAAUUGGAAGAAAUGAAGAAGAGAAUACAAACAAGGCCCUAUCUCUUUGAACAAGUUACCAAGGACAGCUACGGCAGAUUUGUUUCCAUUCCACAGGACCUUGCUAGGAAAGAAGCAGAACAAUGGUAUCGAGACACCCUGAAGCAGGCUGGGCUGGAUGAAGACUUUGUGAGGAACAAGGGUGAGGGCACCAGGGCUGUACAAUGGAAGGAGCAGUCAGAAGUCCCUGAAUGUCCCAGCACCCAUGAAACUACAAAACUCGGCACCAGAAAUCCACAGCAGGAUUUAGAAGAAUCUCCACAACAGCCUACAAGCCCCAAAAAAGAACUGGAGAAGCUGUCUCAUGAAUUGCUAGAUAAUUUCAAAUCACUUGCUUAAUUAGUAACACUUAAAAUUACUGCUUUUCAAUAUUAAGUAACUAACUUGGGGUUGAGUCAAGGCAGGCAAAACUUGGCUUUUGAGCCAAUGGCUACUCUUGGAGAAUGAGGAUAAGAAAAGUAGCAAGAAAAAAAGUACCAG